CGUCGGUAUAUCGUGUACGCAGACCGAGAGUGUGGCCUACCUGCGGAAAAUAUGUCGAAAACAUGUCAUCAAUGCUCUGCUGUGCCGUGCUUUCAAAACUAGGCUAAAUUAGUUUUAGUCUUAAACGCAAUUAAUAAAUUAUAAUAAAAAAAAAGUAAUAACGAUUAAAAAAAAAAAAAAAACUUGCAUCAUCUUUAUUUUCUUCGCUGUACGUUCCUUCAUUUAUUAGUCAACCAAGAAAACAACAUACUGCAACAUUACCAGCAAGCAUUGUGACAACUAUCAACUGAGAAAUCUUCUUUUAUUGUUUAAAUAAUAUUUAAUUGAAACGUGUGCUGUGUAUUGUAAUGAACCAACCGAAUACUUUAGAACUGUCUAUUUUAUAACAAUUAUUAUUAGAUUUUUAAAGUAGUCAAGUCAAAAUUUUCCCAUGCCAUCACAAUAUCAGUCUUCGCAAUUUCAACAAAAGGAAUCUUCAAUGAAUAAUAUGUUUAACAAUGGGCUACAAUCAUCUACUUUUGAUGUAUUUUCAUCUGAUAAUACUGCACCCGUAAGUCGUUAUCCUCCGGCUGGUAAUGAUAUUUUUGGAAAUGAUACUGCUACUGCAAACAGUUCCAACAAUUCUAAUUUUUCAAAUGAAUCGUUUGGAAACAAUCAAGGAGUUCGGGAAACUGGAAUUAUAGAGAAGCUUUUACAUUCUUAUGGAUUUAUUCAAUGUUGCGAACGUCAAGCAAGAUUAUUCUUUCAUUUUAGUCAGUUUAGUGGCAAUAUUGAACACCUUAAAAUUGGAGAUCCUGUUGAAUUUGAAAUGACUUAUGAUAGAAGAACUGGCAAACCAAUUGCUAGCACUGUUACCAAAAUUGCUCCAGAAGUGGUGUUAAGUGAAGAAAGAGUAACUGGUGUAGUUACAACUGAACUGAGAACUGAAGGAUCAGGUGGUGACACACAAGGUCGAAUCAGUUAUGAAAACCGAGGAGAGUGUUUCUUUCUUCCUUAUAAUAAAGACGAUGUUGAAGGAAAUGUCACACUUAGAACUGGUGAUCAAGUGAGCUUUCAAAUUGCAACAAAUCAAAGGGGUAAUUUGGGAGCUACUCAUGUACGCUUAGAAAAUCCAGUGCAUCCAGUUAAAUAUCAGGGAGUUGUUUGCUCAAUGAAAGAUGUUUUUGGCUAUAUUGAAAGAGCUGAUAUCGUAAAAGAAAUUUCAUUUCCAUUUACUGAAUUUAAAGAUUCCUCCAAACCUUUACAAUUGGGUGAUGAUGUAGAAUUCAUAAUACAAACACGUAAUGGGAAAGAAGUUGCAUGUAAUAUUGAACGCUUGCCUCCUGGUUCAGUUAUAUUUGAAGAUAUUGAUGACACUGUUAUGAAAGGUCAAGUUUUAAAACCUUUAGACAAGAACCCUCAAAAUCAUUUACCUUCUGAACCGUUGCCAGGACGCAUACGUUAUAGAGCACCAGAUUAUUCGGAAGUUGAAGUUUCAUUUGGCGAAAAAGAUCAACAAGGUGAUUUUACAUUAAGACAUGGUGAUUGGGUUGAAUUUCGAAUAGCAACUGAUCGACGGGAUCAGUUAAAACGGGCUACUAAUAUUUCAUUGUUACCAGAAUCUUUUGUAGUGUCUGGUGAAAGAAGAGAACAAGGUAUUAUUGCAGUUUUGAAACAAGGAUUUGGAUUUUUACGAUCUGUUGAAAGAGAACCCAAAAUUUAUUUUACAUUUAAUGAAGUCUUGGAAGUUCAAAGAAAAUUGGAAUGCAAUGAUGAAGUGGAAUUUACUGUAGCUCAGGAUCCUUCAUCUUCAUUUGGAAAUUCUAGACAGAGUGCCAUACGAAUUAAACACUUACCACGAGGUUCAGUUCAAUUUGAAUUACUAAUUGAAGAAGGAUUAGUUGGUGUGGUAACAGUUGUGGCUACUGAGUUAUCUGAACCAUCAAGUCCUUCAAAAAACAGUAAUCAUUUUGAUGAUGUCACCUUUGAACCCGGGGUUAUCACUUUGCAUUCAAGUAGUGUUAAGAGAACAAUAUUGUAUAAUAUAAAGGACUGCAAUGGAAAAUAUAUACCAAAACAAGGAGAUAAAGUAAAAUUUAAUCUUUAUCAAAUUAAACGAAAUAAAGAAUUAAUUGCAAUGAAUAUUCAUCCGGUAAACAAUACUCAUACAUCUGAUGAUCUUAAAUAUGGUUAUAUUGCAGCACUUAAAGAUGGGUUUGGAUUUAUUGAAACUAUUGCUCUUGAUUCUGAAGUUUUUUUUAGAUAUGCAAAUUUGAAUGAACCAAGCUCAUCUCUUGAACUUGGUAUGGAAGUAGAAUAUACCGUUAGUACAAGAAAUACAGGAAAUGGAGGUGGAAGCUGUGCAUCAGCUGAAAAUGUCAGAGUAUUGCCUCCUGGCACUAUUAAUGAUAAUUGUGAAUUACUUCAACCAAAUGUUAUUUUGGAUGGUGUUGUAUCUCGUCCAUUACGAUCUGUAAAUCCUGAUCAAACUGAAUAUGCUGGCAUAAUACAAGAAGUACCAACAACCGAAGAAGAAAAUAUUUUACAAUAUGAAUUCGGAAUAAAAGGUUUAAUAAAUAAAAAAGAAUUAUUACAAGUUGGUGAUCCAGUUCAAUUUCAAGUAGAUUCUAAAAAUCGAGCUGUAAAUAUAAUUGCAAUAAGAAAAAAACAAAGAGCUCAUGUUGAUACAAUUAAAGGAUAUUUUGGGUUUUUAACGUAUGAAGUUGAAGGUGGUAAGAAACUUUUUUUCCAUAUUUCUGAAGUAACUGAUGGAAUUAAGUUGCACCAAGGCGAUUUAGUGGAGUUUGUAUUAGUUGUUAAUCAAAGGUCAGGCAAAUCUUCUGGUUGUAAUGUUACUAAAAUAAGUUCUGCUGAGAAUUCUCCACCUAAACAACCGUCUCAACGACCAGAACAUUUGAUUAAUCGCAUACGCACCAUUUCUGUAAAAGAUGAUGGUUCUCCAAAAUUAAUAGUAAUUCGUCAACCAUUGGGUCCAGAUGGAACAAAUGGUUUUGAUCCAAAUGCACGCAAACAACAUAUUCCAGGACAACUUAAUGAAGUAUAAUAAAAUUUUAUAUUUUGAACAAUUGACUACUACCUUUUGACUUAUUUCCCAACUCAGAAUUUUAUCAUUAUUAUUAUAUUACUAUUUGUUUUAUCUUUUUGUAAUAAAUAAUGAGCUUCCAACUUAUUGAUUAAAAAAAAUUACUAGUCUUGGAAAAUAGGUUGUCAACUUAAUUGUAACCAAACAUAUAGCAUUUAAUAUAUUCAAAAUUUUAAGUCUUA